GUGCGUCUGCCCUGCGUGCGCUGCCCUCUCACGAGUUCUGUCAGAGGAGCUUCGUACUGGGCUAUGGCAAGCACGAGGGCUUAGGCAACAACCUGUAUAAGAUCCUCACGGCUCCGGCUCUUGCUCUCAUGCUCAACCGCUCCAUUAUCGUGGGGGAAAACUAUGGCACGCGGCCACUGAUGGAGAGCAACAAGACAGUGGGGCAGCGGCUAUGGAAGGACUAUCUCGCCUUCUCCCCGGAAGUCUUCUCCAUGCUCGAGUUGAGACACCUCUGGUAUCAGCAUGACUGCGAGCGGCGCUACAGGCGGCCUCUGGUGGUCAGGACGGACUCGUUUGCCAACCGAGCGAGGUCGCGCACAAUGUGUGCUGAUUGGUUCACGUGGCAGGAGCCCAUUAUCUGUUUCGAUGAUGCGUUGGAUUCAGUGGGCAUUCAGACCUUUCUCAAGAACCUGCACCCAUCCAUGCGGGAGAGCGCACAGGCCAUCAUGGGCCUCCCUUGGGACCCCAACUCUCGCCCCAACCUGUUUGGAGAGAUCGCGCGCGUGCUGCUGCUGCCCACGCCAGCGGUGGCGGAUGCAGUGAAAUGGGCGCUGGGGAGUGGAGGGAAGGACGCCGAUGUGGUGAUUCACUUUCGGCACGGCGGACUGGAAUCCGUGGCUUCUGCUGCCGCUCUCUGCCUGAGAAAGGCCCUGGAGCACAUUCAUAGGCAGAAAGGGGGAGGGGGGAAGGGCAAGGGCAAGACAACCAAGGGAAAGACGAAGAAGGAAAAAACGAAAGUAGGAAAGACGAAAACGGGGAAGACAAAGAAGGGAAAGCCGGGGACUGCGAAAUUGGGGAAGGCAAAGAAGGGGAAGAAGAUGAAGUGGACUCAAGGACAGAAGAAGGCGGCAGGGGAUGAGGAUGAGAAAGGAGGGAAUAAGGAGGGAGGGAGCGAGAACAAGACAGCAGGGAGCAAGAACGCGGCGAGCGAUAAGGACAAGCUGAGGGUGGUGGUGGUUGCGGAUCAUCCAAGUGUGUUCCGCAAGAUAGGAGCUCUCACGUCUGACUUUGCCAAGAUCAUUCGCUUUGAUCAUGCCAAGUUCGUGCGCCGACAUCCAGAGAGCCCCCUUGCCUCUGCAAAGAACAAAUCACUCCCAUCCUUCCGAGUGCGGGACUGGGGCCCUCUGCCCCGCUGGGUGGCAUUGGUCGACUUCUUUCUCGCCGCCCGGGCCCGCUAUGCCUUCAUUUCUGCGGGGCGUUCAAGGGUCUUCACCACCUUCUCUCAGCUUGCCGCCUCUCUAGCGGCUGCCAGGAGCCUAGGAGCGUUAUGCCUUCAUUUCUGCAGGACGCUCAAGCGUCUUCACCACCACCUCUCAUCUCGCCACCUCUUUACCCGCUGCCAGACGGGCCAUGCCUGGCACCCCUUCUCUGCCGCCUCUCCUGCCCUGCCCAGCCCCCCCAGUGCGCCCUUGUGUCUUUCACACUUGCUUCUUUUCACACUCUCGCUUCUGUGCACCCUUCCCCAUUUCCCCCUCUCCUUCCCCAUUUCCCCCUCCCCUUCCCCAUUUCCCCCUCCCCUUCCCCAUUUCCCCCUCCCCUUCCCCAUUUCCCCCUCCCCUUCACCCUCACCAGAGGACACCCCCUCGCCCACUGCGUCCCGUUUCCUCCUUCUGAGCGCCUUCCACUCGCACCUACUGGAAAACGGUUUAGCCAACCAGGGGGGGAGGGGCCACGCCUGGCACACCUUCUCAGGCCGCCUCUCCUGCCCCGCCCAGCCCCCCCAGUGCGCGCUCUCCCCCGCCCUGCCCUAUGCCUGGUGGGACGCCCCCUGGCAGUCCCCUGCGCGGGGGGAAGGGGGGAAGCUUAGGCGGUUGGGGCUGCAGGUGGGGGAAGGCGGGGAGGUGGGGGAGGAGGCUGUGGAGAGGUUUUGUGAGAGGCGGAAGGGGCAGGCUGUGCGGGUGAAGCUAGAUAUGGGGUUGAAAGAGGGAGGAGAGGAGGAGAAAAAGGGGAAGGGGAGGAAGGGGAAGGGUGAGAAGGAGGGUGAGAGGAGGGAGAUUGGGGAGAAUGGGGAGAAAGGGGAGGGUGAGAAGGGGGAGAACGUGGAGAAGUGGAAGGUGACGCAGAGAUGA